UUUACAAUAUUGUGGGCUGUUUGCCWGGGUUUCCUGUGCACUCGCCUCAUUUCCCCUCGUAUACACUCCACACGUGCACAGUGAGUAGUUCUGAUUAAAAACAGGCAAAAAUGAGGCUUUUGACGCAUAAUAUGUUGAAAUCACACGUCAAGAACGUCAAAAAUGGUUUUCCUCUUAAGAUAGAGUCAGAAAAUAUAGUUGUUAAUGAAGUGGAUUUCAAUGCUGAAUUCAUCAGUAGAAUGAUUCCUAAGGUUGAAGUCCAAGAAGGCAACUUAGUGUGUCCAGAAUCAGAUAGAAAAUUUCCUGUCAAAAAUGGUAUCCCUAAUAUGCUUCUAAAUGAUGAUGAAGUAUAGAUGAAACAUCUUAGUUAACAGACUGUAGUUAUAUCACCACACAAAGAAUGUAUCAAAGUACAAACGUCUUGCAGUAACAUUGAAAAAUGCUUGUUCAAAGAUCUUUGUCUGAGAAACCYGAUUGAGUAAAGUAAAACUAUCUGCUUGUUAUUGAGUACAUGUAUCAUGACAAGCGUAUGUACAUGUAUUUCACAUAAUAUUGCAAAUAUCAUUCUCUGUAGAGAGCAGUGUGGGCCAGGGGUAUACUUUGCGCAGGUGGUAUUUAUAUUUACAUU